AGUGCCAUCACCAUGACGGAUGCCGCAUGCUGCUUGAAAUCAAAGGAAAAAGAUUGAUUCGCUAAUGCCACAGGACAACGCAGAUCGCGCCGCCUGUCGCAAUAACAUCGCAUCCGCUAAUCGACAAUGACGUUUUUCGCCCCACGAACGCUGUGUCAGGCUCUACUCGUCGCGGUCUUCACCGCGUAUCUGUACGCCUGUCCACAUUCCAAAGUCGAAGAAAGCUUUCAACUACAGGCUACCCACGAUAUGUAUUACUACGGAGUUCGACCCGCCUUUGCAUCCUUAUUCUCCGACAAUAACCGGAUACGGGGUACCUCUGCGGCACUAGCAGCAGCCGGAUCGGCUCCCUACGAUCAUCUCCAAUAUCCCGGCGUCGUCCCACGCACCUUUGUCGGACCGCUUCUCCUGGCGGCGAUGUGUCACGCUUGUCGGCUCGUGCUGCUGCCUUGGGGCUGGGACCUCUCCCACCAUCCCUGGCUGCUACAAUUAUUGGCUCGCUUUUUGCUACUGACCUUGCACGCGCACGCUUGGUUCCGCAUGGCCCGCGCUGUGGACGUGCGUCUGCGGAAUUACCCACCACGGCAACGCACGUCAUCGUCGCCGACGACUGCACCCACCCGAAUGGGCAACUACCUACUCCUGAUAUCGGCGUGUCAGUUUCACGUUCCCUUUUACGCGAGCCGGAUGUUGCCCAACGUCUUUGCCACCGUGGUGUGUUUGCACGUCUACAGCGACUGGUUGCGGGCUCCGGUGCAACCCUCGUCGGUUGGGCCACACGCGGCGAUCCGCAAAGCCGCGAUUGGACUCGUUACGGCAACCGGAGUUUUCCGCUGUGAUCUGAUCCUCUUGCUCCUUACCGUGGGACUCUCGUGGCUGUGGCAACGACAGCUGACGGUCCGACAAGCCCUACGCAUCGGCGUCGCGACGGGUAUCGUCAUUCUGUGUGUGACGGUACCUAUCGAUAGUUUGUUGUGGCAACAAGUAACACUGGUAUGGCCGGAAGGUCAGGUCUUUUACUACAACACGCUUCUCAACAAGUCGUCGGAUUGGGGCGUCAGCGCUUGGCACUGGUACUGGACGUCGGCCUUGCCCAAAGCCAUGCUUUUGACGGCAUUGCUCGUUCCACUGUCAAUACUUCGCCUUCCCGAAAAAUUGGAUUAUUGGGAACGCCACUUGCGAUUCCCCCCAACGACUCCGUCAGAGGUAGCAAUUUCGUGGCUUGACCAAUCGUGGGCGCCCUUCUUGUGGCCCGCGUUUGGAUUUGUGGCCUUGUAUUCCGGCUUGGGUCACAAGGAAAUGCGCUUUUUGUUUCCCGUUCUCCCGCUACUCAAUCUAGCGGCGGCGAUAGGGAUGGAUCGUCUCCACAAAGCCGCCUUGCCCCGCAAGGAUAAGCCCGCGACUAAGACGGCGCGGUUGGCGUAUUGGGGCGGGAUGGCCGCCGUUGCGGUAACGCUCGUCGGCAGCGUGGCUUUUACGGCGGUGUCUCAAUCCAAUUAUCCUGGAGGUGAGGCCUUGGAGCGACUGGCACGGCAUGUUGGACUAUCACACGUGGAGUAUGGCACGGUACGGGUCCACAUUGAUGUUGCCUCUGCCAUGACCGGCGUUUCGCUUUUUGGACAACGAGCGGCUUCCCAGAGUACACCGGGAGUGGAAUGGAUCUUUGACAAGUCGGGAUACGAAGAGGAAAAUAACAAGGUCAGCAAUUCGUCCACGUAUACUCACAUGCUUUCCGAAAGCAAGGUCCCGCUUCCCGGAUUUCACACGAUUGAUGCUGCGCGAGGGCAGCCCCGGCUCUGCCUUCGAGAAUUUCGAAUAGAGACACACGAUACGAUUUUUGUCUUUGAAAAGGAGGGAUGGAGUACUGUAUAG